UUACCCAAACAAGCGCAGUGGACUGCAUCACCAUCAUCAUCUACAUAACCGACACUGAUGCGCUUGGUUAUUUCGCUUGAACUGUAGUAAAUCGGAGUCAGAGGUUCAUCUCGAAGGUUCAGGUCUUCACACUUCCAACCGUGCGGCGGAAAUACCAUGUUUACCUCGCAGACCUCGUCCUUCCAAGACUCCAUUGACGUGGAGGAGAGAGAUGACUUUGACAGCGAGGAGAUUUCUGGGUUCCCUCAGAAGGUCCAGCUCAACUGCUACUACACCAUCUACUUAUACCACGGCACCAGAUCUGAGGCUACUGGGGAAAAUGUGGCCUGGAGCCAGAGACGAACCGACUCCACUGCCAGUCAGGAAGACUUUAGCCUGACUUUGAUUGACAGCAGCCUGCCCCUGGAGGCGGAGCCUGAGCUGCGGACCUACAUUUCCAGGAGGCUGAGUAAAGGAGCUCUGCUGGGAGGCAUGGGCAACAUCGCCACUGUGGAACUCAGUGUUCCGGAGCAGGCGGUGGGCUGCUACUGCUGCCUGGUGGAGCAGGAGAGGUCGCCGGAGCAACCGGACGCUGACGGAAAUGGAUACGUCAUCUGUUUCAUGGGCGGCUCCGAGAAGGGCCUGAACUUGUACCGGUUGGAGCUGGACAAGUACGUCCAGGGGCUUCACAGCAGUUUGCAAACCCCUGAGAACCUAGAGUCAGAGCUGCGUCCGUAUCUGAGCCAGUGGUAUGAGGAGUCUGUCAUGCACAUCUGCCGGGUGGUGCAGCUGCUGCAGAACCAGAUCAGCUUCCUGCUUCACGCCGCUUUGAGUCAGACUCACGUGGAGGUCAUCAACUCAGAUGAGAGGACAAAGGCUGACGUGUCUCGGUUCAUCAAAGCAGCCGGUCUGCAGGGCCUGUCGCAGCAGGACACCACCGCCGCCUCCCUGUGCAAGGCCAUGUCCGAAGAGACUCGCUCCGACCUUCUCCUCGACUGCUCCACGUCUCCUCCCACUCUCUCCAACGCGGUCAGCAACCGCUUCUGCGACGACUGGAUCCAGGCCUUCCUAAACGCGGCCGAGCGAUGCAACCCCUUCCUGCUGCGGCAGAUUCUGGAGAACUUCAAACUGAAGGCCAUCCAGGACAUGAACAGCCUGAAGCGCUUCGUGCGUCAGGCCGAGAUGAGCCACUACGCACUCUUCCGCUGCUACCAGUUCCUGCAGGGCUGCGGGAACGGAGACGUGCUGCUGCAGAACGCCCGGGCAGAGCACAGCGACCUGCCCGAGUCCUGCCGCAUCAUCGCCGUCCUGGAGGAGUUCCUCAGGGAGCAGCAGCCCUCGGCCCAGGCCUGACGUGAGCGGCGACAGCAGCAGCCUGCUCCCCGCCAAAACACUACCGUCUGCCCAACACCAAGUCUGGAGCUCUUGUUUGUGCUCCUGAGUCUGUGACGUGAAGUCUGACUACUCAACUCAACCCUCACUCACUUGGUCUUGUUAGCUUGAAACAAACCUGACACUGAUUUCACUCCCCGAAAUUUUUUUGACUUUUGCUCAACAAUGACUUUACUGUAAAGCAGCGCACACGUCUGAGGCAGCCAUUCAAUAAGCCACAUUUCAGUGCUGUUCUUUUAGAACAGAGCUUUCCAGAGUAUGUGGCGCUGCCACGUCGACGUCAAUGGUGUUGAAACUGUGAAGAUGUAAAUACAUGUUCCGAUGUUGUGGCGCGUGUGUUGUUGAAUUCAUCCUGUAAAUACUUGGCUGAAAUAAAUUCUAUUGUGCUUGA